AAAUUGCUUCUGUCAAGUCAAAUAAUUUGAGUAAAUGGUAUUGUUUCAAUGGCGCAAGAUGUUUCUAAGAAAAUGGCUGAGGAACCGUGGAUAUUAAAUGAAGACGGUUAUUUGAAUGCUGACACAGAUAUAAAAGAAAUUGUUUAUCAUCCAACAUUAAAUGUAAUUCUCUUAUGUACCAAGAUCGGUGUUGUGAAGGUAUUGGAUGUCAAUACGGGUGUUGUUCUACAAUCUAGUAAUUUGUCAGCAAUCAACCAGAACGAAGUAACAUGUCGUUACAUACCUGUACAAGAUCGAAUCCUUUUUACGGAUGGGCAAGCUAUAGGUGUGAGAUCAGAGUACAAUGGUGUUUUACUUUUGGAUAGUAUUUUGCAAAAAAUAGUAACUGAGCCCAAUGAAGAAGUCAGAGUGGAGGUUCCUUUGUCAGAAGCCAUAAUUCUAAAACAAAGUCUUUUGUCAUCUGGACUUACAGGAGUGGAUCAUAUUUUGAAAGAAUUGACAAAUUUAAUUUCAAAUGCUCAAAAAUGUGAUAAGAAGGGAAUAAAAGCUCAGAAAUGGAAUACAGUUUGUCUAAAACUUCCUCUGAACGAAUUGAGAUCUGCAACAAUGAGUACUGUCACCAACAUUCUUGCUAAAAACCUCCAUACACCAGAAUUAGCAGUUGCCUCAGCUAUACAAGAGAGAAUGUCUGAAUUGUUAGGUGAAGUAGCUAAUGCUUCUGAUAGGAGGGCCAUGGCAAGUGAAUCUAAAAGGAGAGAUACAUUUUCUCAAUGGCCACAUAUGGAUUAUAAAUGGGCAUUACCUGAGCAGAUGGCCCAGGCGGGUUUCUACCACCAGCCAAACCAGCCCAAUGCUCCUGGUGAGGAUAGAGCUUUAUGCUUCACCUGUUCCGUGUGCUUGGUGUGCUGGGAGAAAACUGACGAACCUUGGAGCGAACAUGAACGUCACUCACAAAAUUGUCCAUUCAUGAUGGGAGAGUACACUCACAACGUUCCUAUAUCUGUUAUAUUCGCAAGCAAUCCAGCUAUUGACGCUACAUACCGUGGUAUGAAUUUGAAAGUAUUAGGAACCAGUUCGGUUUCGAACUUGAUACCAGCAAGCAACGAUGAUGGAUUGAUUUCAAUUUUUGACAUAAGUGGAAAGAUCACAAGACCCUAUUCAUUUUAUGUUUCACAAUAUGACUCUUAUGUUUUGGACAAAAUUACUCAAGAAUUUAGUGUGUUGACUAGUGAAGAUGGUUCCAACUCCUAUCCCACUGAGAAGUGUGUUACAGCUUUAUCUAUAAUAGACCAAAAAACAAGUUCCAACCCAGGAACAAAUUUGAAUACAUCAUCAACCAUUCGACCUACAGUUAUAUGUGGUCUCAAAAUCAAAAGUAAACCUCCCAAUACAUCAAAUUCAGCAUUCUCCAUACAAAGUUUUGAUGAAAACAACCAAUUUGAGCAGUUUUCGGAUGAUAUAGAAAUUGGCUGUCCUGAAACAUCAGAAAAAAGUUGCCUAUUUCUUGUGGUCUAUGAUUUCUCGUUCAAAAAAAAAGAACAAAAACCGGAGGAAAAUGUUGAAUCCUUGACAAGAGAUGACAAAGAACAAGAGACACUGCAAGAUAAAGAUAAAAAUAUCGAAUUUAUAGCAGUAAACGGAAUCAAUAAUCUGGAUGAAAUAAAUUUAUCUCCAAAAUAUCUCAUGAAACAUUUUCAGUCAUUUUAUAAGGCUUUCAUACCAGGUGAAAGUGAUGAAAUAUGCCUUCCUCCUCCAGAAGUGGAACCAAAGAAAUGGUUUGACAAAAAGUGGCCAGAAUCAAGAGUAUUGUCGUCGAAUUCAUCAGAGGCUGACUCAUGUUCGCCUGUAUCAUGUCUGAAUCAAGAUAAUAUAUUGCUGAAUGGUCAGAUAUCGAAUUUGAAAGAGAUAGUUCAGGAAGGCAAAAGCAUUUCGGAUCAUAUAAAUGACUUGAAAAGCAAAAGGUUAUCGAAAAAAUUAAACUACUCCAGAGCAGUACAGUGCUUUAUCUUACCUAGUCUUUAUAAAAAUAGAAACGAUCUUAUUAUUUCAGACAUAUUAACAACACUAGAUGGUUUUCACAUUCUAGUUGUACUCAAAAGUAUAAACGAAGCCGGUGGCGUUCUCUUGUUGUAUAAGUUAGAUUUUUCGGGUAAUAUGGUGACUGUCAAUCCCACACCGAUUCAUUCGAGGGAACUUAGUAGUGCAGAAAAUCCGAUACAAGUUAUCUUAUUACCUGUCAUUGAGAAGUUUGGAAAUUCUCUUGGUUCAAAAGGAGUUGAAGGCGAUUUGGUUAUAGUGUGUUCAGAUGGAGCCGUGAGGAUAGUGGAAUUGGCAACAAUGAGAACGAUUUGCUACGCAAAACUUGAGGGCGAGAAGUUUACAUCGGCGGCGUACUGCAACAGCUUGGAAAGAUUAUGCGUAUCAACAGAAGAAGGUUCCCUUCAUUUUUAUGUAUUAAACGACACAGACAAUGAAUCUUUGGAAGAUCAUGAAGACGACGAUCUGUUCUGCAGCACAGAAUCCACAGCUUAUUCAUCACUAUAUACCGAAUUGACUGAUGGUAGUGAAAUGCGUUGUUUCCAUGAACCGACGGCUAUGAUGAAUUUAACCGAAUUAAAGAAAUUGUAUUCAUUAACACAGUUCGAGCCCUUGAGGGCAGGAUACUGUGCAGUUGUACCUCCAUGCUGGACCGAAAUUCAGCAAGCACAACGACAAAGAAGGCAUCCGCAGAGUUUGAGUGUAGAUGGAGAGGCUUACACGAAGACAUGGAGACUUCAGACAGAUUUAACUACAUGGGAUGAACACAUUUUCGAAAUUUCCCUACCCUGCCCUAUGAUUUUGGGUCAUGUUGAUGUUCAUUUCACCCUUCAGCCAUCUACUACUUCGCCACAUGUUGAAGUGACAUUAUUGAGGCAGAAUUCUAAUGGUAUUGGCCAUAAAAGAGAUGUUACUUUUUCAGUUGACGAAUCGAUAACAAUUGGCAUGCUCCAGUGGGCAGAUAAUCCUGUGAUAUCUCAAGAAUAUUUAAGGUCACACAAUGCCGAUAUAUUGGCAGGACCUGUUAAUAUCGCCUCAUCCUUGGAUUUGACGGAACAGAGUGGAGUGGCCACUUUAACUAGCCCAAAACUAUUCAAAUCAAGGAAUCGCACAUUGCUGCUGCAUUUAAGGGUGGUAUAUUCUAAAGAAGAAGAGUGCAAUAGACAGAACAAAAGUAGUAAAAAGCCAGAUUUUAAUGAAGAGGCUAGUUUCACUUCUAGAAAAUCCGAAACGUAUAUGGGAUGCGACUGCAUCCACGAAUUGAGUAUUACAGUUUACGCCUCAAAACAUACCGAAUUACCUUCUCAGAUUGCCUCUGAACGACAUCAACGUAGUUUGAUGCUCGAAUCGAACGUUUUUGUGCUGUCCUUAAUUCAUACACUCAUAAACAAUCGCACUCCUAGUGUUCAGAAUUUCGUUCUCGAUAUAUUAAAUUGGAUAGCUUCAAUUCGGCUGACCAGAAACAGGAGUAACAACGGCGAAGCUCCUUUCCAACAGGUUGAAUUUAUAUCGAUUCUGGAGAAUCAGUUGCAAGGUAUAAUACACAGAAGUUUCUUGUCUGGAGGAAGAUCUCUAGCUCACAGAUGUGCCAAAUUAAUAACAACUUGUUCUAGAGGAGCUAAAAAUACCAAUGAUAAUCUUGGUGAAACCUUCGACAUUGCAGUAAUGAACAAUUUAUUGACUUUAUUAGACUCGAUUGGGGAGGUGAAGUCCUCUGGCUCACUGCAGUGGUUUUUCAACAUACUCUUAGCAGUCACUCCAAAAGCCGAAAGCAAAUUAGUAGCGACUAAUUGCAAGAAUCUGUUGGUUAAAAUUUCAGACGAGCUUGUGAAAAAAACCAAUCCAUAUCAUCUGCUACUCAGAACCAGAUACGGAUUGUAUGGUACACCGAUGGAACCAGAGCUUUUCGAUGUUGAACCGCCUCCUUAUCCAAAAGGAAGUAGUGUUUCUAUAACAUAUGCCUCUGUUGUUAGCGGGGAAACAUCGAUAACAAGUUCUGACUUUUACAGUACAUAUUCUUUCUAUAAGGAAAUAAUCAAUCCGAAAGAAGUUAUGUCAACUUCGGACAAUAUUAUGAAGUGCAAAAAUAUAUCUUCUUCCAGACUGUUCAAAGGUCUAAUCGAAACUGAGCCUCUACAUUUUGUAUGCAUUUCUGCCAGUGAAGGCACCAGAUUGGACAAAGCAGAUGAAUCGAAUUCCGUUAUGUCCAAUAUUGUUGUCAAUAAUGUACCGAUUGCAGCUUAUACAGACUCCGUUCUGUCUGGAUCUUCGAAAAAAGACGAUAUUCAGCUCUUCUGGAAUAAUGUCAUCGAUAUGAUGAACGAUAUGAAAAAUUUCAAGGGUGGAUCGCAAAGUCUGUCUGAAAAGUUCCUUUCACACCUAAAGAGUCCUCUGAAUGCCUUCAUUGCCGAUGAGUUAGGUAUAGAUGCUAACCCUCUGCAAGUGUUUUCAGAUAGUUUCCGCAGUAAUAAUAAAGGGGCUAACAAACUUUCAACCUCGAAGAAUAUGUGGCAAAUGGAAGAUAUUUUAUCUCCAGAAUUCCAAGUGAACAACAUUUGGCAACACUUGUUGGUGGGCUCUCCACAGCAAGUAAUUGUUGUGGAGAGGAUGCACUCGGGAGCAAGGAGAUUUGUGAUACUAGACUUUGGACAGCCUGUUAUCCUGACCGAUCUGCUGAUACCGGCAUGCAACGAUUUGGUAUCAGUGAGCAUUGAUGUAUGGUUAAGAAGUGAAGACGUAGAUCCCAUAAGGAUUGCAGUUUCGUUUGACAUCGGGAGUAGGAACUUGGUGUUGAAUGAUCUGUUGCCAGCUCCCAUAUGUCGCUACAUCAAGAUAACUGUUGUUGGAAGAUACGGAAUGUCAACAACCCGAUGUAAAAUACCGAUAGGAUUUUUCUACGGACAUAUGGUAAUAAAAUCUGAUGAACUCUCCAACGAAAUUAGCAGUUCAGUGAAGGCGUCCGCAACUAAUGAUACAGAUAAACAUCUGGCAAACCUUUCGAAGCUCUUUGAGGAUAUUAGUUGUCGCUACAGCAUAUCUUGUUCCAAACUCAAAGAUACUCUACAAGGCUUCAUCGUUGCGGAUGUGAAAAACGCCUCGCAUCUUUUAAGCUAUAUGAAUACCAUGAAAGAAAAAAAUUCUAAUGUGUGUUCCUUGGAACAUAAUAAAGUAUUCCAGGCAUAUAGAGAGGCAAUAACCUACCAACGACAAUUGAAUACUGUCAGGCAUAUAAUGAAUAGGUUGGAAGAGAGAACAAACGAUUCUGAAUUUCAGAAAGAUUUGUCGAAUAUAUGCACUGAUAAGUUAGUUGCAAUAGCAGAAGGACUUCUGGAGGUUCUGCUCUCAAUAGACUAUGUCAACGAACUGGACAUCGAAACAUGUCAGAAGUUAUUCCAUGGUUUUUGCGUAUCACAAUCACCUAGAUUACAAUUUCUCGCUGCUACUUAUCUCAAGAAUUCUUCGGCGAAAUGUGACUUUUGGGGGAACUUUUUAGCAGAUAUUUUGUCGCAAAUGUUUUCAUCAUCUUAUUCACAAACCUUCCCGCAAGACAGAGUUUUCACCUUGAUUGCAUAUUUGAGUAAAUUGAGUCCGCAUAGAAGUUCUGUGCUUGAUGCUGCUCUGAGAGUUACUCAUGAGUGCCUGAGCAAUUUGGAGGAGAAUCGAAAAUCGUUACUGGCAAUAUCUGUUGAUCUACCCUUAUUGUCUUGGCUGUUGAUGUAUCUUUCCUUACAACUCGACAUGAAUAAGAAUUCUAAUAAAUCUGUGGCGAGAUGGGAUUGGGUAUUUGGAGAAAUGCUGGGAAAAGCAACUAUGGAGAAUACCAAAACAAGAUUGCACAAAAAAACGCUCAAGAAGCAGAUUGGGACGAUUGAUUCCUCCUCAAACAAAAUCCCCCUAAUGCACAAAGUAAGUAUUCCAAUUCCAAACAUAGCAAACACCAAAAAUGGUCAAGAAUUUUUCAUGAAAAUGUUAAAUUACUCAAUGCCUGACAAUGAUAUAGCUAAUAAGAAAUUGAAGGAGAAGAAAAACCCUCAAUCGCAUGAGGAAAAGAGUUCACCAAAGAAAAAUCCUAUAUACGUUGAUGAAGGACAUAUCAGAGCAGUUGCAACAGGCUUAAUCAACCUCAUUUUAUCAAUGGAUCAUUCCAGUAGUGCGGAUAUGUUACUAUUAUCGUUCAAGAUAGUCGCUAGAUUGUCUCAUCUUUCUAAAUCAUCAUACUUUGCGAAGUUAAGAUUAGGUCAUUUAAUGAACGAAACUCAGUUGCUUAAUCUAGUGAAUUUCUGUUUACAAUCCAAAAUUCCAUGGGCCACACAUGCGCUUGCAUGUCUCCUAGAAGAUUUUCUCGAUUUAACCCCACUUAGAACAUCAAGUGAGGUUGAAGGAGAGACUGCAUCAGUUCCUUCCACAAGUUGGGAACCAACCAAUGAAACGGAGAUGCACAAUGACAUUUUCGGGGAUGAUAUACUUUCCGCUACAUGUAUCAUAAACAACAAGAACAAACAGCUGCCAUCCGUUUACGAAUCGGAUUCCUCAGAAGUGGAAGAAUUGGUGGAUGAAUUUUUUGGAAAAGAACAGAAUCAACCGUCGAAAAAACGACCUGGAAAGACGGUCAUUUCUAGCUCUAGCUGUCUCAGUUCUUGUGCAAUCGAUUCCAGACUAGAUUUGGGCGUUGAGACAUUAUCGGAAAUCAAUCUCAGGAAAUUAUUACAUCACAAUAAUCAAAUAUUGGUGCAAAAGAUAUCUUCCAAUUACGUCUUUCAAGAAAAGGAGAAAAAAUUAUUACCGUGGAAAAAACCGCUACAACACACAGCACCUAAGACAUCUUCAGGCAAUCAUAAAAUGUUGAUAGAAUGUUUUCAAUAUUUAUUCCGAGGACUGGAUCAGCAACCCCCAGAUAGUAUCGAGCAUAUAUUGCAGUUAUGGCUAACCUUGAACUGCCCAAUAAAGGGUGACAAAUUUGAUCGAUCCAAAGUGCCCAUCAUCACCCUCAAACCAGAAUCUGUACACUCCCUAAUAUCGGUAUUGGUCCAUACUCCUGGGUUAUCUCUAAUUACCUGGUGUAUAUCGCUUCAAACACUCACGUUGGUUUGUAACACUCCUGCUCGCUCAGAAAGUGGUAUGUUCCAAAUUGUUCCUGGGAACGGUAUGGCACGCAAGAUAGUGGAACAUCCUGCAUUUAUUCAGUUCCUGCUCAGAUUGCUGUCGGAGGAUUGGGUUAUGUACUCGGAAAAGGGAUUGGCUGGACCUUCAUUGUGCCAAGCACUCUAUGACCUAUUGAUUGUACUCCAAACGAGUUUUGAUGUUACAUCGAAUUACUCGGAGGUGUGCACAAAUUUCAAAAAUCUGCUACUGAACCUAUUAUACCAGCUGAUUCAACCAGCUGGCCCUAUUGCCUGCAGACAAGGUCCCUUGGAUGCACAAUGCAAACUGAUCCAAUCAAUGCUUAUUCUGAACUUCGAAUGUGCCGAUUUGGACAUUGCCAUGAAUAUUCUGGAGAGCACGGCGGAUUUGGUUCACGCAUACGUCACCAAUACCGAUCGUAUACGAUGUUAUUAUUCCGGGGAAAUGAAUAGCUCGACAUUUAGACAGCUCUACUCUACAGUUUUAGGUACAGAUGCUGUAAAACAGGAAAGGCCAGUUUCUUAUGAAUUCCUACUGAUUACUUUAUUGAAACUGUCGGGAAAACUUGUUAAAACCAGGAUUACUCAGCGAAUUGAUGGUGAUGAACCGAUGGAAACCGAGCCGAUUAUUACAUCACAGACUGACGAAAGUAAGGCUGAGCAGAUUCAGCAAAACUCUUCAAGAAAUACACCUUGUCUGGCGGACAGAGUAUUACAGCAUCACCCAUGCAUUAUCAAGUUGUGCAAUGCCUUGUCUGCUUGUAAGUCAUCCUCCAUCUGUAUGUUAGCGUGCAUAUCUCAGAAGAGCACAAUCAUAUCUAACUUCAGCGAACCGAAUACUUUGGCUGAUGGGGUUUUUUAUGUUCUCAUUUCCUUAGCUAAAUGUUCGUCUGAUAAAGAAUUGAUUAUGCAACCUUUGCUCAUGUUCCUAUCUCAAACGCCUACACUCAGUGAACCUUUGAUAUGGUUCAUUUUGCAAAUUUUGGAUACAGAGGACAACAUCAGAUGUUUCUUCGAAGCAGGAGGCUUAUCUAUAUUGAGUUCGAGUUUCGUAAAGAACAUAAGUGCCCCAAACACAAUCUCCAAAACGGGCACGAUUUCAACUGUUAUGCAGUUUUUCAAUAAGACUAAGUCAGUAGAAUGUAACUUGCCUGUUGGUUCAUCUAAGAAGUCAGCUUUGGACGAACAACUGGAGAAUAGGUUAUCCCUAGUGAACUUUGCUCCUUGUAGUAGCAUAAAAUGUAGUUCUACUACUGCUCAACCAGCAGAUAUUUUAAUACAAGGUAAUACAACAACACAUAGACGAGCUCGUACACCACAAUGGUCUUACCAUUUUUAUCCUGAGGAAGUUUACACAGAACUGGUUUUAACUCUUCCCAGUGCUAUAUUAUUGAAGCAAGUACACCUGCAACCUCAUUCAAUAGCUUUAAGUACUUGUCCUUCUGCAAUUGGACUGGAGAUUUCUGCAAGUGGGCCUUCACGUUUAGUGCCUGUAGGUCCUCCAAUGACAACUAGUGGAAUGCCAUAUAUACAACUUGACUUGCCUUCUCCGGAAGUUGUCAAAUGUAUACUCAUCAGAUUGUAUAAGCCAAAGAUGGCAAACAAUAUAAGCCUUUCCCAGAUAAGACUGCUAGGAUUCCCAGCCUUCAAUGAAAAACUAUCAUCGUUUAUAGUUGACAAUGAGCAGCAUUGCAAACAAAGUUUAGGUUGGAUCAGACUUCUUCAUCAUUGUUUCAGUGUACCAACGAAUAAACCGUUGAUCAAGAAUAUGGUAGCAUGUUGUGCAAAUGUUCCCGAUCUAUUGGCAUCCACUUGUGGCCUUCUACUUGUACCGUCGCAUGUUCUGCCAGAUUAUUUACCUUGUCUAGAGAAAGUGGUUCGGGAACUGAGUUUACAUAACCUGGAUUGUAGCAUGAUUACUUUGAAAGUUCUCUUGGAGAGUAAAUGUAGCAGUGCGGAUUUAUUGAAUUCUGCCGAUAAUAUUUGGCAGGACCACCUUCUUGUCAAUAAUAACGGGUAUCAAUCUACUUGUGAACUCCUCUACCAGAUUUGUGAAUAUCAGGACGAUAACACUCCAGCCAGAAUAUCCACCAUACUUAAUUGGGUACAAACCGUCGCCAGGAACGCAUUCGCUAGUGGUGUGAUAAAUGAGUGCAAUCCUGCAUACUUUUCGUAUGUCGCUUCCAUAUUGUGGCACGCCAAUGCUCAUCCAACGGUUUUGAACUAUGAUUUGAAAUCAAUGAUCACGAUGGAACUCUUCGACUGUGUCGUUCGCCUGGAGUCGUUUUUCGAACAUAAUCUGAGCCUUAAAUAUUCCCUGGAUUCUUUAUUGUGCUCAAUUUGUUAUAUACAACCCGAGUUUUAUCCGAUCCUACUCAGUCAUUUCGGCAUUUUGAUACCCAAUUUAUCGAAUGAGUACGGAUCGUCAAUACCCGAUGAUAGGAAAGGUACAGACAGCAUGACUGACGACAACAAAAACUCAUUUGCCAGAGAGUCCGGAUGGUACGACCAUUUGGUUGUUGGAAAACUGGCCCAGUUGGAAAUUUCGAAUAGUCAGUUGGAAACUGUAGCCUUGGUCAGCAGAUCUCCCACUUCCGUUCAGCAGCUCUUAGAUUCCGGAUUACCCAAAAUUCUCAUAACUGCCAUUCUUGAAUUUUGUUCUUCGAGUGAGGAAAAUGAAAUUCCAAUGGCGAAAUUAGAGAAGAUCAGUGCCAUAUUGAAAUUUUUCACGGAGGUAUCGGAGGAAAAACUCGUCAGGGAUUGGCUUGGUUCUGAAGAAGGUUCAUCGUUUUGGUUACAUUUGUUGCAAUGGCUCUGUAAGAAGACGUCGUUCAGAAAGUACACCUUAGAGUCUGAAACCAACGUUCACUUAGAAGAAAUGUACAUAAAAUUUUUAUCGAAAUGUUGCUUGUGCCAUCCACCGAAUCAAAAUCGCCUAGCCAGAGUUUUGUGUGAGGUUAUAUCACAACAGACGGGCGUUAUAACAGGGUUUAUGCGAAGACUCGUUUUACAGUUGUUAUUAGAGAAUGAAAAGAUACCAGUAAAUAUUACUGCUGAUGAGACACUUUAUAAGAGUGCUAAAACGUCUCAUGUCUUUUUCCCAACACAUCCGGCUUUCAAGCAAACAUAUAAGAGAGCUUUAUUGCACUUGAGUACCACCACAACUCUCUCGGAUAUCCUAGAAGAACACAUUUACUUCAAUCCUCAUAAGAUGGAAAAUACGGCUGUGAAAAAAGAGGUUCAGGUUGGAGCUGUGAAGGAAUUGAAGGGACUCUUCACCGAAGAAUCUGAUUUAUCGGUCGCAGCUGGUGUACUUGCAAAAGACAAACGUGCCAAAGAUAAUAAAAAUCUUCUUAUUACCAGUACACCAGUUAAGAAAAAGAGAUAUUCGGAUUAUCCCGGUGGCGAUUUCAUUGAGGGGAGAGUCGUGAAGUGCUUGGCUUAUUCUGAUAAACCUUUGCCGCUGACCUUGACUUUGGGACAAUUGUUGAAAUUGAUUGAGAGCAAGAAAAUCACUUCUGAUUGGCCCUGUAUACAUCUGACGAUUUCUCAUAACAAAGAUUCAAAUGAUAAAGUGGGUCAGAACAGUGAGACCGGCGGUGAUAGUCGUGAUACAGAAUUUUUGACGAAGCAUCAAUCGUACAGUAGUUCCUUACAAGUAUUUAGUGCAAUGGGUGGUUUGGCCCUUCUUGCUCAACAUCUACCAACAAUCUAUCCUGAAACCAUUAGGUCUGCCCCAAAUCAAAAAAUGUCAACAGAACAAUCUGAAUCUGACUGGAUAAAAGUUGAAGAGUGCGAAGAUAUGUAUGAGGAGGAAGCGGAAAGGCCAAGCUCGAUAAAAUCGUCUGUUAUGGUUUCCAUCAUGCCCCCUUAUUCAUUAACUGCAUUCGGACUUUUCCUGAGACUCCCAGGAUAUGCUGAAAUUUUACUGAAAGAUAUGAAGGAAGCUUUGUGUCUUCUCAGACUGGUCCUUGGGGUGACAGAUGACGAUGAAGGGGGUGACAUAUUCCAAUCGCCCCUUGCUCCUUCCCUUCCCACGUUGCCUUUUGAAGUUUUGAGGAAAUUGUUCGAUGCCACUAAACUGAACACAGAUGAUGGUCGAUUACUCAGGAGAAUGAGUAUCAGUAGUGGCGUUGUCCAUUUGAUACUUGUAUGUUUAGGAAUCUUUACGCAUAUGACUCCCGCAGACGAUAAAGAAAGCGGAUCGGAAGCAAUUUCUAAGGAAGAGAGGUCCCAACUUUACUGGGCUAAAGGAACUGGUUAUGGAACUGGAUCGACUCAGCAAAGUUGGAAUGUUGAACAAGCCCUCAUGAAACAGAAAAGUGAAGAAGAGCAUGUGACCAUUCUCCUCCAGGUUCUUGCAAGUUACAUCAAUCCAAAUGGAGAAGCUGCCGAUGAGCUUUCCGGAGAAGUGUUACCUAUCUCUUUUCACGAUCUGCUGUUAAAUAGUUGUCUACUUCCAGUUUUGAGUUCCUAUCUUAGAAAUGAUUCAGUAUUGGAUAUGGCACGCCACAUUCCACUCUAUAAAGCCGUACUUCUGUUGCUCAGAGCCAUUGCGGUCAGUUCUCAACUACUGGACCUGUUACUGCCGCAGAAGAGUAUGGGGAAUCAACCAUCUAUUAGUUCAUUAUUGAAAAAUAUGAAGAAUUGUGUGGACACCUAUACUUCGAAGUUGCUCAACACAAAGACUACUUCGAAAUCAAAAUUAGGCGUAAAGUUAGAAGAUGUGGAGCAGGACGAGGGAUUGGCGAAUCUGAUGCCAGAUAUACAGGAUUCUGCGACAUUAGUAUCGAAAAUCACCAGUGGCUUAGUAGAUUCAGAUCAUGAAAACGAAGGAGGCGUUGGCAUGGAUAAGAUAACCUUUUCAUCAUUAGAAGAACAGUACAUCAGCAUCAUGAAAAAAUUACAAUUCGGUUCAUAUGAAAUGAUAAUGGAUCUUCCGGAGGGCGGUAUAAAAUUUGUUAUAUCACAUCACUUUGAAAGUAACGCUAAAGCAACUAGUGAACAGUCCCAUCCAGCCCGAGUGAAAAGAAUUGCACAAGAGACAGUUACUCUCUCAAGCAGUCUCCCACUAAGUUAUAGUAGUUCUGUAUUUGUUAGGUACGACACUUCUAGGUUAGAUGUAAUGAAAGUGCUCAUUACCGGACCUGCUGACACACCUUAUGCGAAUGGAUGCUUCGAACUAGAUGUAUUCUUCCCACACGAUUAUCCUAUAUCACCUAUGAUGAUCAAUUUAGAAACUACAGGACACCAUAGUGUUAGAUUCAAUCCAAAUUUAUAUAAUGAUGGUAAAGUGUGUCUAUCGGUUCUGAACACAUGGCAUGGCAGGCCAGAAGAAAAGUGGAAUGUACAGACUUCUAGUUUUUUACAAGUUUUAGUUUCAAUACAAAGUUUAAUUCUGGUACCGGAACCAUAUUUCAAUGAGCCAGGUUAUGAAAGAUCGAGGGGGACGCCUGCUGGUAAUCAGAGUAGUAGGGAAUAUAACGCAACAAUUUGUCAAGCCACGGUCAGAUGGGCUAUGUUGGAGCAAAUAAUGAACCCAUGUCCUUGUUUUGCGGAAAUAAUUCUGACGCAUUUUUAUUUGAAAAGAUUCGAGAUUAUAGAACAGGUCGAUGGAUGGGUUAAGGAAUUUGAAAAUGAAGCGGUAGAGAAAAAAGUUUCUAGAACCAGCAAAAGAACAUCAUUCUACAAUCUGGACCAAUUCAAGAAAGUGGUGCAACAGUUAAAGGAACAACUUAUGAAAUUGAAACCCCCUACUUGUUCGAAAGAAGACGAAGAUGGUGAUGCAACGCCAACUAAUAGCAGUCCUACAGAAAAAACUGGAAUUCAAAAUAACGAACUGGAUAAUGACAUAGAAAUGCAAAAAAUGGUAAAUGAUAUGUGCGAAUAAUUUUUUUUUCCCAUCAAUUAUGUGCAUUUAUUCUUUUAACAUGAAAGAACAACAUUCUGAAUUGACCGUACAAUAUCCUGAAUAAAAUUUUAUUUUUGGUUUGAACAUUUUGAAUUUAUAUGUAUAUUUACUUAUAAGAUUAUGAAAAUAAUUUGCUGAAAAAAUUUCGUUACCAUUUCACCUUGUCUUAAAUAAAUUAUUACCAGAUUUCAGCAGUUCGUUGUACCCCAAACCAUAGCUAAUUGAAUGUUUUUUUUUCUUUAGCAUAUUAUUAAGAAAAAUUGUGAUUUUUAAUAAAAUUCAAUUAGUUUU